AUGUCGCCAAUAUUGAACAUCCUCGGCAACGUUCGGCUGGAAAAGUGCUGGCACAGAAAUAACGCGAGCUGGUACAACCCGCACGACGUCCUCUGCCCGGUUACGGCAAGCGUUCAGCAACGCGUUGGAGAUGGUGAUUCCGGUUCCGGCCUCGAAUACGUCGACCCCAUUACCGGAAAAAAUUUCAUCGUCGGAACCUUGUCCUUCACCGACCCGGAAAAUCCAGUUAUUAACAGCGCCUACUACACUGAUCUACGGCGCUACACGAGGGCCAUUUGUGAGGCAACCGGCGUUUGCUACAUGCACAAAACA